AUGAUGGAUAAGAGAAUUGUUUCUUUUGUUAUGAUUUUAGGCAUGUUAGUAACAACAUUAGAUGCACGUCAAAUUGAUGCCAUAACUUGUCCUGAAGCACUUUUAGCCUUGCUUCCAUGUCUUCCUUAUUUGCAAGGAACUGGUCCUGCUACACCACCAACUAGUGCAUGUUGUGCAGGUGCCAAUAAUUUAAAUCAAAAGGCAGACACCACUCAGAGUAGAAGAGAUGUCUGCAAUUGUCUCAAACCUGCUGCAACCAGAUUUAAUGUUAAUCCUGACAGAUCUAAACAAUUACCACAACUUUGUAACAUUAAGCUUUCUGUUUCAUUUGACCCUAGCAUUGAUUGCAACACGGUUUCGUGA